AUAUAUAUACUCUCCCAUCGUGAGCAUGUCGUGUUCAGGAUCGGCGGGCGUCGCAGAGAGACCACGGCCGGGAAUUGAGCAAUGGGCUGCUUGCUUCCAUCGCAACGAUUCGACUCGCACAGCAGCGCCGGUAGUCCCUGCUCAACGUCACGUAGCGCCUGCCCUUUCGUAUCGCCCACCGCAGCCAUGGCGUCUUCGUCACUGUCAUCUUCCUCACCAACAGCGGCAACCAACACCAGUGUCCCCGCCACGCUGAAUCUGACGCCCUCGCAAGCGCGCGCCGAAGCGUCCGGCCUCUCCGCGCGGCUCGGCGACAUCAAGGAGCUGCUCUCGGUGCACGAGUCGACGCUGGCUGCGCAGCACGUCUCGCUGACGUCGCCGCUGAUCGACCGAGAGGGCUUCCCGCUCGCCGACAUGGACCUCCUGGCAGUCCGCACGGCGCGGCAGGAGAUACACAGGCUGAAUAAUGACAGGUUGCGCAUCGAGUCGAGGCUCCACCAGCUGCUACAGGUCGCCCUCAGGCGGGAUGACAGCGAAGGAUCGGCGCAGAGACCUUUGCGGCCCGUAGCCGCGACCAAUAGACAUGCGAGUGCUGCCACCUCGGACGUGGAAGCGAGAAGUAAUGCAAACCCAAGUGCGAGUGCGAACGACCAUGCGGCAGCGAGGGGCGCGAUCCAUCUGCAGCCCUUUGCACAGAUCAACAGCGUGUCGCCCGCCCCCGCCCCCGCGUACCGAGCAGGCCUGCAGCCUGGUGAUCUGAUACUACGCGUCUCGUCAGGUGUAGGCACGGAUGCACGUGCAGCUGUAGACGCCAGCAAUCACGACUCGCUACGAGCACUGCCGGCGCUCGUGCGUGAAGGCAGGCAGGUCAUCUUCACCGUUCGCCGCAUACGCGAGACGAGCGGGCGCGAGAGGGAGGAGGUCGGGGAGUUUACGCUUACCCCAAGCAGCGGGUGGGGCGGACGCGGGCUUCUGGGGUGCGUCGUGUGCCUGCCUUGCUUGUCUCCAAUCUGGCACCAGUGACUUCGAUUUAUCGUGCAGCGUGGGCGAGAAUACUGACGAGCAUUUCUGGUUUUGCAUUCAACCACCUGGUUCUUGUAGGUGUCACAUCCUGCCACUAUGAUCAUGGUUUCCGCGACAUCUUUCCCAUACGCAUCAACGCGAACCCGCCAUCGUGGACGAUUGCAGCUUCCAGUCGAUUGUACCCUCGUUUCGUUUUGGAACUCUCCACAUCUCAGCACCCAAUUGGAAGAUGUCUCAAAAGCAUUGAUGUACUGUAUCCUACACUCUCUGUUCGCAUCGCUACGGUCUCGCUGCUCAUUCGCACUUGAAACUUGCGUAUGCUACAUGGGUCAGUUUU